GUACACAAAUCUGGUUGCACAACUUUCGAGUAACCAAUGCCUACUACGGAUGGGCCGGAACUGAGUUCAACGCAAAAUACAAAUGUGCUUUUUCUGGCUACAUUGUUCCACACGUAUAGGAGGAUCCCUUAAUUUAAUGGUUACUGUAUAUUCUAAAUAGUAACAUUAUGGCUCAAUCGCAGUGUUUGGACGAUUCACCUGGAAGGUGGCCGUCAACAAGACAGGGAAAUUAUUUGAAUGUACAGGAGUUGUACAACGAAAAGCACCGAUUAGCGUUAGAGGAGCUUAUUUCAAGUGGAGUUGAUUCCUUUCUGGAUUUUCUAAAAAAAGAACAAAUUCCGAACUUUCUCUCAGAUGACGAGAUCAAACAGAUUGGCCGUGCUGCGGCGGUCCCACGCUGUGCGUCCCUUCAGGGUGAAGACGUGAUCAUUGAGCAGUCGGUAAGUAGCUCCAUGGACUGCUCCUCGGUGACUUACUUCCCAGAGGUCUCAGACGUGGAGCCACCGCUGUUGGAAAUCGGCUGGCCCGCCUUUACAUCGGGCUCUUACCGAGGAGUCACUCGCGCUGUCGCACACUUCCAACCCAGCUAUGGGGAAUGCAUCUAUAGUUGUAAGGAAGCUGCGAGAAGAAUGAUAAAAAGUGCCAAGGAGGUGAUUGCUAUAGUGACAGACUCUCUGACAGACCUGGACAUAUUCAAGGAUCUUCAAGAGGCGUGCACGCGGCACAGAGUUCCAGUCUACAUCCUGCUGGAACACUCCUGUGUGCCCGCAUUCCUCAAAAUGUGCAACAACAUCAAUGUGCGCCUGGACGAGCUUCUGCAAAUGCGAGUGAGGACCAUAACUGGUGGUACGUACUUCAUGAGAUCAGGGGCCAAGAUUACUGGAAAGGUACAUGAACGGUUCAUGUUGAUUGAUGGGAACCGAGUGGCUACAGGCUCCUACAGGUUCAAUUGGACUGAUGGUAAACUAAACAGCAGCAACCUGAUUGAGUUGUCUGGCCAGAUCACUGAGAACUUUGAUGAGGAGUUCCGCAUCCUGUAUGCCCAGUCCAUGCCUGUUAUUACCAGGGGCCCAGCCAGUGCCCGACUCAGUGGCAUCUACGACCACCUGCUCAUCAAACUCCCCGUCACGUCAUCCCCUCAGCCGGCCAGAGAAAGGCCCCCAGUCGAGUCUGUCUGUCUGGAAGUAUUGGACAAAAUUGUCUGUCUGACCAGCACACCCAGCCGGGCACAGGCUGUGGCAGUGCUGCCCCCCAGAGAGGACACUGGGGCGAGGGGCCGUAAGAGCAGCCCGGUCUCGGACUCCUCCACCAUAGGGGAAGACUGGAUGGAGCAGCAGCACAUGCAGGAGAUCCUGUCUGGAAGUGCUGCCCAGUGCCUGCCUACAGGUGACCCUGCCACUGUUACAGCAGCAGUGGAUGUGCUGGUCACACCCCUCGUCACUCCUUGUCAUGUCUCCACGCAGACCAGCUUCACCACGGUGGACAGUGGAGUGCAGACAGAUCUGACUCCAUACACUAACCGCCUCUCCCCCAACAAGGCUACAGUUACCCACUUUGCCACCACCAAUAACCAGACCGACAACAUCCAGAAUGAAGCUGCCUCCUCAGAUUCCAUCUCUACCUCCCCCAGGCAGCACCUCGCCCCCCAUGGGGUGGACCGUCGCCCUGCAAUCCGUCACUGUACCUCGCCCCCUGAUGGGAACCUGAGGGAGUGCUUCCACAAGCUGACCAAAGAGCGUCAGUAUCACUACUCCAACAUCCGCUCCAAGCUGGAGCACAUGGGGACCAUGCUGUCCCAACGCCGUGAGCUAGUAGACCUCACCAACAUGGCCCUGGGGCCCGGGCUGCAUAGAGCAUGCAAGUCCCAGAAAGAGUGGGAACAGAGGCAGGGGCAUGACCCUGGCCUGCUGAUGGACAGUGUGGGCAUGGACACUUGGCCAAGGGCCAGAUGUUUACAAUAAAAUAACUUAUUGAGCUGCAGGGCCUUGGAGAUGAUGGGUGUUGUGGAAAGGGUUCUGUGUUUCGUAGGUAUACACUACCUGAAACAAAUGGGUUUAAAGGGCAAUAUGAAAUAUUUGAGGAUUAUUCUUCCUUAGUCUUAAGAUUUUGAAAGUACACUACAUGGCCAGAAGGAUGUGGACACCCCUUCAAAUUGGUGGAUUCGGCUAUUUCAGCCACACCCGUUGCUGACAGGUUAAUGAAAUCUAUCACACAGCCAAGCAACCUCCAUAGACAAACAUUGGCAGUAGAAUGGCCCAUCCUGAAGAGAUCAGUGACUUUCACCACCUUCACCACCUUUCCAACAAGUAAUUUCAUUACAUUUCUGCCCUGCUAUAGCUGCUCCAGUCAACUGUAAGUGCUGUUAUUGUGAAGUGGAAACGUCUAGAAACAACAACGGCUCAGCCGUAAAAGUGGUUGGUCACACAAGCUCACAGAACGGGACCGUAGAGUGCUGAAGCCCGUAGCAUGUAAAAAUCUGUUGCAACACUCACUACCGAGUUCCAAACUGCCUCUGGAAGCAAUGUCAGCACAAGAACUGUUCAUUGGGGGCUUCAUUAAAUGGGUUUCCAUGGCCGAGCAGUCACACACAAGAUCACCAU